AUGCUUCUGGUUUCGCCUGCUUGUAGAGGUGUUUAUCUUCAGACCAUAGAUUCAAAGCCAAUUGAUUUCUCUGCCAAAGCCUCAUACGCAAUUUGCUUUCAGAUUCCUCGUUCGACCCCUAUAAGGAAGUGUUCGAUGAUGUUAGUUUGUUUCAAUAAGAAGCCUACACAACAAUCAAGUUUCAAGAAGCGCCAUGUAUCUACGCAGAAUGUGGAUCUUCCUCCUAUUUUACCAAAGAACAAGAAAAAACCUUAUCCUGUUCCUUUUAAGCAAAUUCAGGAAGAGGGUAGGAAAGAUAAGAAACUUGCUGAGAUGGGCAUAGAGAAACACUUAGACCCUCCCAAGAAUGGAUUGCUAGUUCCAAAUCUUGUCCCUGUGGCUUAUCAAGUGAUAGAUAACUGGAAGUUGUUGAUCAAGGGUUUAGCUCAGCUUCUCCAUGUUGUUCCUGUCUUUGCUUGCAGUGAAUGUGGGGCGGUUCAUGUGGCCAAUGCUGGUCACAAUAUUAAGGACUGCAAUGGUCCAACAAAUUCACAGCGACGUGGCUCUCAUUCAUGGGUCAAGGGCACCAUCAAUGACAUUCUUAUUCCUGUUGAUUCGUAUCACAUGUAUGACCCUUUUGGGCGGCGCAUAAAGCAUGAAACCCGGUUUGACUAUGAAAGAAUCCCAGCAAUUGUUGUGCUAUGUAUUCAGGCAGGAGUUGAGAUCCCAGAGUAUCCUUGUCGCAGAAGGACACAACCAAUCCGAAUGCUGGGGAAGAGAGUGAUCGAUCGUGGUGGAUAUGUUAGAGAGCCUGAUAAGCCUCAGGCAUCAUCAUCAUUAUUAUCUCCAAUAGCCGAGCUUGACACGCUUGGUGCUUGCGAAAGGUAUCCACCUCCCACACCAGAGGACAUACCUAAGAUAGCACAGGAAACAAUGGAUGCUUACGAAAAAGUGAGACUGGGGGUGACGAAAUUGAUGAAGAAGUUCACGGUGAAAGCAUGCGGAUAUUGCUCUGAAGUGCAUGUAGGACCAUGGGGACAUAGUGUGAAGCUGUGCGGAGAGUUCAAACAUCAAUGGAGAGACGGGAAGCACGGAUGGCAAGAUGCUCUUGUGGACGAAGUUUUUCCUCCAAACUAUGUAUGGCAUGUUAGAGACCUUAACGGAAAUCCGCUUACCGGAAAUCUCAGGAGGUUUUAUGGUAAAGCCCCUGCUUUAGUUGAGAUUGGUAUGCACAGCGGAGCUAGAGUUCCUAAUCGCUACAAGGCGAUGAUGAGGCUUGACAUCAUCGUUCCUGAUUCAGAGGAAGCCGACAUGGUCGCAUAG